GCGGCGGCGGCGCCAGGAACAGGGAGGCGGCGGCACGGCGAGGGAGGGAGCCAGAGCCGAAGCCGGGCCGGGCCCCGCGAAAGCAACAGCAGAGCCAGCUCCUCCUUCUCCUCCUCCUCGUCCACCAAGGUUGGAAGAUUUCUUGAAAGAUUCUUAGACUCCUUCAGCUUGCCAUGCUUAGCCUGGAGCCAGGCUUGCUCCUGCAGGUUGUGCUGCUAACAUCACAUGUAUUUGGAGGAAAUGGCUCUUGAAGUUAAAUGAGGCUGGAUCAAAACAUAAAUGAAGCAGAAGCUGCUCUUCGUGUGUUAGGGCUAUAUCACCGCAAGCACCGCUGAUCAGCCAGAUUUGGUAACUUGUCAUAAUGAAGAAAAUUAGUCUCAAAACAAUUCGCAAGUCCUUUAACUUAAAUAAAAGUAAAGAUGAAAGUGACUUUGUAGUGGUUCAGCAGCCAUCAUUAAGUGAAUUUGGAAAAGAUGACUCCUUGUUUGGCAGCUGCUAUGGUAAAGAUUUGGCUAGCUGUGAAGUCAAUAGUGAAGAUGAAAAAGGAGGCAAAAAUAGAUCAAAAAGUGAAAGUUUAAUGGGUACGUUAAAAAGGAGGCUUUCAGCAAAACAAAAACAGAAAGGCAAAGGCAGCACACCAUCUGUAAGCUCUGCAGAUGAUGACACAUUUUCUUCCUCAUCUGCUCCAAUAACCUUCAAAGAUGUGCGAGCUCAAAGACCUCUGAGAUCCACUUCCCUCCGUAAUCACCAUUACAGCCCAACUCCAUGGCCACUUCGACCUACAAAUUCAGAAGAGACUUGCAUCAAAAUGGAAGUGAAAGUCAAGGCCUUGGUCCAUUCCUCUAAUCCAAGCCCAGCACUGAAUGGUGUUCGAAAGGACUUCCAUGACUUGCAGUCAGAAAAUGUGUUCCAGGAACAAACAAAUGCAUUAAAAAAUACGGAAUCUCAGAACGGGGACUUGCAUCUUCAUAUUGAUGAACAUGUGCCUGUAGUUAUUGGAUUAAUGCCUCAGGACUACAUUCAGUAUACUGUGCCUUUAGAUGAGGGAAUGUAUCCUUUGGAAGGAUCACGUAGUUACUGUCUGGAUAGUUCCUCACCCAUGGAAGUUUCGACUGUUUCUUCUCAAGUGGGGGGAAAUGCUUUCCAUGAAGAUGAGAGCCAAGUGGAUCAGGACGUGGUCGUUGCACCGGAUAUCUUUGUGGACCAGACGGUGAAUGGUUUGUUGAUUGGUACCACAGGAGUCAUGUUGCAAAGCCCAAGAGUUAAUCAUAGUGAUGUCCCUCCACUUUCACCUUUGCUACCUCCAAUGCAGAAUAAUCAAAUCCAAAGGAACUUCAAUGGAUUAAAUGGCACGGAUGCCCAUGUGGCUGAAAGUAUGCGCUGCCAUUUGAAUUUUGAUCCUAACACUGCCCCAGGAGUUGGAAGAGUUUAUGACUCUGUACAGAACAGCGGUCCUAUGGUUGUUACAAGCCUCACAGAAGAACUGAAAAAACUUGCAAAACAAGGAUGGUACUGGGGCCCCAUUACACGCUGGGAGGCAGAGGGAAAAUUAGCUAAUGUGCCUGAUGGCUCGUUUCUCGUUCGAGAUAGUUCUGAUGAUCGUUAUCUUUUAAGUUUGAGUUUUCGUUCCCAUGGAAAAACUCUUCACACUAGAAUUGAACACUCAAAUGGUAGGUUUAGUUUUUAUGAACAGCCAGAUGUGGAGGGACAUACGUCUAUAGUUGACUUAAUUGAACAUUCAAUCAGGGACUCUGAAAAUGGAGCUUUCUGCUAUUCGAGAUCCCGGCUGCCAGGAUCUGCAACUUACCCAGUGAGACUGACAAAUCCAGUGUCCCGGUUUAUGCAGGUGCGCUCUUUACAGUACCUGUGUCGUUUUGUAAUACGUCAGUACACCAGAAUAGACCUGAUUCAGAAACUGCCUUUGCCAAACAAAAUGAAGGAUUAUUUACAGGAAAAGCACUACUGAAAGCUUACGGGAAUCUUGCAUCUUGCACUUUGGGAACAACAACAACAAAAAGAGAUUGAAUUACAGUUUACAGACUUUCAUUAUUAUCAAAAUCUUUUGCUGCCAUAGAAAUAUUUCAUUUUUGUCUGUAAAAGAAAAGUAAUGCAUUUGGAUUUAUGGUUUGUUUUGGGGGGGGGUUUGUGUAUUUUGGGAGGCUUUUUUUUCUUGUUUUUUUUUGUUGGAAAGAAUGAUCUCAAGUUUAUUUUUAGAAGUGUGAAAUAGCUAUCUUUCAUCAAUGUGCAGAUUAAUCACAAUGUGAAUGAUCAAAUUCUCCUUAAUUUCCCCCAAGUCCUUUGCUGCUAUCCACUGUGAUUUUUAUGCAUUGAAAGCACAUUUCAUGUGUAUUCAACGAUGAGUAAAAGUCAAAUGAAACUUGUUGAAUGGAAUUUUUUUUUCCUUUAAAACAACCUCUGGAAAAAAAUGAUCAUGGAUAAAUAACAUAUUGGUAUUCUAAAUUACUGAUUUUACAUCUAAAUGUAAAAUGUUUCCUAGUGUUGUAAUUAGACAUUUCUGUAGAGAUAUGCCCCAAUGUAUAGACAGAGCUGUGUGAUAGGAACAUGGUUAUGCAGCAUAUCUCUGGGAAAAAAAAAAGCCUUCCUCCUAAGCCUUGUACUAAGUCUGUACACUCUUGUGUUUGAGAAGGUUCGUUCAGCCUUCUUCUCGUCUCAGUGUUUUGUCCUCAAAAAAUGGCCUUUAAAAAACAGUCUAUGAAAGUCAAUGUACAGUACCUAGAAGAAAAUUGUGGUAUUGGGGUCUUGCAAAAUGUUACUUAUAAUCAUGCCAUCAGUUAAUAAAUGAACAUCUACCAGGUCCACUCUCUCUUUCCUUUUCCCUACUGCCUAUUCCUGCAGAGUAAGGGAAGGAAGUUUCCUGGAUUUGUGGGAAGACUCUAAGAAUUGUUGUCAUGGGAACGUAAAUUUGUAAGCCAUUUUGGGGAUGGGGUAAAACUUCUAAUAGGAUGAUUUCUACCAUAUUUAUGUUCAAGCUACUUGAAAUUUUAGCAUUUCCAUUUUUCUACAUUUUUCUUUCUCUUCAGAAAGUACAGUAAUACACUAAUGUCCUUUUGGAUAAUUUUCCCCUUUUUUCUAUAUCCUUUGAGGAGGAAGGAACAGGACUGAUAACAUUUUAUAUGGAGGAUGUUUAAAUGCAUCUCUAAAGUGCUAUUCUCCUAGCCUUUCAAAUUACUGGGAAGAGAUGUUUGGAUAUACAGUGACCGCAGAAUAUGUUUCAGUUUGCUGUCAUGAAAUAUGUUUUGACAUAUGAAAUAUUGAAUCAAUUAGGUAAGUGUUUAUGAUAUCUGUCAAAGAUUCUGGCAUUUGGAAAGCUUACAGUUAUUCUAACCUUCUGUAGGGAAAAAAAGACUUUCAGUGGGGAGUACAGGUUCUACACUGUAAUAUUUUCAUCGUGCAAGGUUAAUCCAUGGCAUUUUCCUGUUUUAUUUUAGUUUGGUUUUAUUUUCUCCCAUGUUUUUAUCACUUUUAUGAGUUACUUCCUAAAGGGGUCAUAGCUGGCUUGGGAAGAAGGCUGCCUCUGCAUUGCUGACAGGCUUUGCUUUGCAUGCCUCUGCCCCCCUAUUUUGUGUUUUAAAAUGUCAUAUUGCCCGUCUCUGGUAGAAGUGGCUAAUGAAUAAGGAUCAUCUUAGGAAAAAAGUCCAUCUUUGAUACAUCUUUCUUGUUUGGGUCAUUUUCUUCUUAUUUAAUCUAGCAUUUCUGUCCCCUAAAAUGAGUCUUUAGAAGUGAAUACAGUAUUGCUGCAAGGUGGUGCAGUAGCACUACAUCUUGGGUUGCCUGAAUUGAUAGACAAAAUUUAUAUUUUUUUAAUUUAUUUUUUGACCAUAAUGUUUAACUAAAAAAUAAAAAAAGAAAAUCAAAGGUAUAUAAAGACUGCCUUUGCUUUUAAGGGAGGGAGAAUAAGGAUUUCCUCUUUAGUCUGAUAAAGUUUUAAACUUAAAAAAGAAAAUAAUCUAGAGCAGUCUAUACAUUUGUUGGCUCUGCCAUGGAGAUAUAUGUAUGAAAGGGAGGAUUCUGUUUUCUUUUUUUUCCUCUACUGACUUCUCCCCAUACCCAGUCAUGUCCCAUUCCCCCUCCCCUGAAUCAGGAUCACUAACUUUAUUCAAAAAGGCACAAUAACCUAUUGUAUGGUACAGUGUUCUGAUUCUGUCUGUGGAGAGGAAAAAGAAAAUCAUUUUUAUGGAUUUCAGAUGCAUACUUUUGGAAGAAAACCUCUGGCAUUUUCUUCACUUUAAAAAUUCUUUCCCCAUACUAGAGGGCCUAUGCAUUCUACAGAAUCUUUGAAAGAUUAUAGUAUAUGAAAUAUUUUCAUUGUCAUUUAAUACCACUAUUGAAUACAUUAAACAUAUGUUUGUACUAUGCCACAUGCAUUAAUUUAGCAGUCAUUGGGUUGAAACCUAAAUAUUUGAAGUUAUGAUAUCCUGGCUUAUUGUGGAAUUGAAAAAUGUGCAAGAACACACAUGCUCAAAUUCUUGCCCAUGCCUUUAUAAAUUUCAGUUGUUCACUCAUAAAUGAUGCUUUUUAAAAUAAAAAAAAACUGUUUUAAAACAGCUA